AAUGUAAGCCUUAAAGACAGUUGUCAUUACAGGAGCUAACAAAGGUAUUGGUUUUGGCAUUCUUGAAAAUCUCAUUCAAAAGUAGUCAUAUAAAAUAAUCAUGGCUUGUCGAUCUCUUGAAUUAGCUUAAAAGUCUAGAACCAAAUUGAUAGAAAAAUACAAUGUAUUCAAUUACUUUUAUGUCAACUUAGAUUUCCCAAGAUAGAAUUGACACUAUUGAAUUAGACAUAAGUAAUAGUGACAGUAUUGAUAAAUUCAUACAGGAAUUUACAACCAGAUUCCAUUAGGCUGAUAUCUUAAUUAACAAUGCUGCUGUAGCUGUCAAAUCAGAUGAUUUCAAUUUGGAAGUUGUUCAAUUCACUUUUAAACCAAACUUCUAUGGCACUAGUAUAUAUUUUAACUUAUAUAUUUUAUAGUCGAAUUGACUGAAAAAUUCAUUCCUUUAUUAACACAAAAUGGAAAGAUCAUCACAGUUGGAUCAUCAGCUGGUAAAACAAAAUAUUUGAAAUCUGAUGAUCUUGUUAAAAGAUUCAAAAAUCCAAAUAUUACAAGAGAAGACGUAUUCAAAUUGGCAGAAGAAUUUUAAGAACAUGUUAAGAAUAGUAUUAUAUAUUAUAAUUAACUUAGACACAUAUGAAUAGAAUGGAUGGCCAAGUUGGGGAUAUGGAAUCAGUAAAUUGCUUAUUAAUACAUAUGUUAAAACUUUAGCUUAAAAUGCUGAAGUUAAGAAUAAAAGUUUACAAGUUUACACAUGUUGUCCUGGAUGGGUUAAAACUGAUAUGGCUGGAGAUGAGGCUGAAUUGACAAUAGAUUAAGGAGCAUUGACUCCUGUAUAUUUGGUAGAAUUGCCUCAUGAAGUUAACCCUGAUUAUCAAGGAUAGUUCUUUUAUCUAUAGAAGGUGGAGGAAUUAUGAUA